AAUGGCGUCGCCGGUAAAACAGUAAUUGUCAUAGGUUUACAAGCUUGUGUGUUCUGAUCAGUGUGAUUUUCAUAUUUGCAGAACAAUUUGUGGUUUCACAUUAAUUACAUGUGAAAAUUUUGGUAAAACUUCGUGGAGGAAAUAUAAAAUAUCUGCCAUGAGUCGUCAUGAAGGUGUGAGCUGUGAUUCUUGUUUGAUUGGAAAUUUUAGAGGCCGGAGAUAUAAAUGUUUGAUUUGUUAUGAUUAUGAUUUGUGUGCGGCUUGUUACGAAGGAGGGGCUACUAAUACAAGACAUACGACUGAUCAUCCUAUGCAGUGUAUCAUCACCAGGGCUGACUUUGAUUUCUUCUACGGUGGCGAGGCCUUGACCAGUCUUGAACUACCCCAAUCCUAUACUUGCCCUUACUGUUCUCGUAUGGGCUUCACUGAUGUAACGUUGCAAGAACAUGUUUCAUCUGAACAUGUUGAUACUUCGUUUGAAGUUGUUUGUCCAUUAUGUGCAGCCAUGCCAGGGGGUGAUCCUAAUUUAAUGACAGAUGAUUUUGCCGGACAUCUCACUUUAGAACAUCGCACCGGUCCUAGAGAUUUAAUUUCGUUUCUAGAUGAACCAGUAGGGACCAGACACAAUGUUAGGCGAAUUCCUCAUAAUGCGACCCAUAUGGGGCGAGGGGCUGCCGCUCUAAGACCCAGACGCUCCAAUAUGCAUUUUAGUGUGUUCAGUUCUGGCGGUUUGUCGUCGCUUUCUCCCUCAUCGAGAGAAACGGUGGACCCCAUCGCGGAGUUGUUGUCUCAACUUUCUGGAGUUCGUCGUUCGGCGAGUAACACAAAUAGCAGCACUCCGACUCAGUUGCAACAGCUGCAAAUGCAACUGCAACUCGAGCGUCAACAAGUGAACGCCGCUCGCCAGCAAUUGGAGCGUUUUCCGAGACGCCAAACCCAAAGCCAGACGUCUCUGAGGGAAUCUCACGCGUCGUCGAAUUCUGGAACUUCGACUUUAAUGCUAAACCCUAGCCCUGUUUUAAUUCAGCAGCCGUCUGUUAACGCUCCAAGCAUGCCUUCUCCUCAAUCACAGUUCCUUCUGGUGGGGCUGUUGGAGGAGCUGUCAUUGCAGUCAACAACUGAUUUAAGUAGGCAAGAUCGUAGUCAGUUUGUGCAGGAGUUAGUUUUGUCAUCGGCUGCGCAUAGGAAUGGUAAUAAAGUCUCUAAUGAGAAGCCUAAUAUUAAAACAAAAUUAUUUAAAAUUGGGGACGGUUCAAGUAAGACUGAAAUUUCAGUUGGUGAUGUCGCUAGGCCCGUUAGGCAGAGAAACAUUGUGUUGAGGGGAAGAGCGAGGUCUGACGCGCAAAAUUCAAGAAGGAGGGCCGAGGCUAACAGAAUUAGCAUUGAUCCGAAUGCUAACGGAUUAAGUAGGGAUCUUAGUGAUAGAUAGUUAGAUGAAAUUGGAAUUUUUUUUUUUCUUUUCGUAUAGUUUUUGCUUUUUUGUCGGUUUCAGUUCGCCGGUACACGUACUCUCGACGUUUUUAAUUGGAAAUUGCUUUAAAUUUAACCAGGAUGGAUUUUUAUUUGAGUUUUUUGAGCAAGUUUAAUACGGUUUUUGGCCCUUCCCACUCCAUUGAAAUUGGCUCUCAAAAAAUCUAGUCAAGAUGAUAAAAUUAUCAAAACACUGGAUUUGAAUAUUUUGGUCAAAGGCUGUUUUUUCAUUAUUACCAUAUGUAUGUAUAUAACUCUUGUAUUCAUAAAAUGUUAAAAAUUGUUAAUUUAUUUAAAUAGAGUUUUUUUGAAAAUUA